AUGCCACUGCGGCGGCUGCCUCUGACUUGCCCCGCGCGCGCGACGGCCAACACCGCGGCCGCCCACCACCCGUUCGCCGAAACUGCCCACCCACCGCGCGCAAGCGCCGCCACGCCCCUCGCCGCCCUCCGCGGCCUCCUGCAGGCGGGCCUCCCCGUCUCCCCCACCGCCUUCUCCGCGGCGGUCGCGCGCUCCGGCCUGGACGCCCUGCCCGCGCUCCACGCCCUCGCGGUCGCCUCCGGCCUCGCCGCCUUCGCGCCCGUCACCAACUCCCUCGCCGCGCGCUACGCCAAGGGCAACUCCUUUCCCGCGGCCGCCAGGGUGUUCGCCGCCGCGCGGAGCCGGGACGCGAGCUCCUACAACACCAUCCUCUCCGCGACCCCGGACCCCGACGAUGCGCUCGCGUUCGCCGCGCUGAUGCUCCUGGCCGGGGACGUGCGGCCCGACGCCGUCACGUUCACCGUCACGCUCUCGCUCGCCGCCGGCCGCGGGGAAGCCCGCCUCGUGCGGCAGCUGCACGCGCUGGCGUCGCGCGCGGGGAUCGCCGCCGACGUGUUCGUCGGCAAUGCGCUCGUCACGGCCUACUCCCGGGGUGGGUCGCUGGACGCGGCCCGUAAGGUGUUUGAGGAGAUGCCGGCGCGGGACCUCGUCUCCUGGAACGCGCUGGUCUGCGGGCUCGCGCAGGACGGCGAGUGUCCAGCGGAGGUCAUCCGGGUGUUCCUUCGGAUGCUCAAGCACGGAGGCGUGCGGCCCGACCGGAUAUCGGUCUGCAGCGUGAUCCCGGCGUGUGGCGGCGAGGGGAAGCUCGAGCUCGGCCGGCAAAUCCACGGCUUCGCGGUGAAGCUGGGCGUCGAGGGUCACGUCUCCAUCGCCAACGUGCUCGUCGCGAUGUACUACAAGUGCGGCACCCCCGGCGGCGCCCGGAGCCUCUUCGAGUUCAUGGGCGAGCGCGACGUCAUCUCAUGGACCACGGUGAUGUCCAUGGAUGGGGAGGAUGCCGUCUCGCUGUUCAAUUGCAUGAGGCGAGAUGGGGUGGCGCCGAACGAGGUCACCUUUGUGGCCAUGCUCUCGGCGAUGCCAGGAGACUGCCCGGCGAGGGAAGGGCAGAUGAUCCACGCGGUGUGCCUCAAGACCGGCCUGUCUGAUAAGGCAGCGGCGGCGAACAGCCUCAUCACCAUGUAUGCCAAGCUGCGGCGCAUGGAUGAUGCCAGGGUGGUCUUCAGUCUUAUGUCUCACCCGGAGAUCAUCGCUUGGAACGCUCUGAUCUCCGGCUAUGCCCAGAACGAGAUGUGCCAGGACGCGCUUGAGGCCUUCUUGGCGAUGGUGAAGAUCAUGAAGCCCAACGAGACGACGUUCGCAAGCAUCCUCAGCGCGGUGACUGCGGUCGAGACGGUGUCCAUGGCCUACGGCCAGAUGUACCACUGCCAGACGCUGAAGCUGGGGCUUGGCACUAGUGAGUACGUCUCCGGUGCUCUCAUCGACAUGUACGCAAAGCGAGGCAGCUUGGAGGAGUCCUGGAAGGCGUUCGGCGAGACCGUCCACCGGAGCCUCAUUGCCUGGACGGCCAUCAUCUCGGCCAACUCAAAGCACGGGAACUACGACUCCGUCGUGAGCCUCUUCAACGACAUGGUAGGCUCUGGUGUCGCUCCUGAUGGCGUGGUUCUGCUCUCUGUCCUCACCGCCUGCCGGUACAGCGGGUUUGUCAGCUUGGGUCGUGAGAUCUUUGACUCGAUGGCCGCCAAGCACGGCGCCGAGCUGUGGCCAGAGCACUACGCGUGCGUCGUCGACAUGCUAGGCCGGGCGGGGAGGCUGGAGGAGGCUGAGGGGCUCAUGCUGCAGAUGCCUUCUGGGCCGAGUGUCUCGGCGCUGCAGAGCCUGCUGGGCGCCUGCAGGAUCCACGGCAACACAGACGUCGGCGAGAGGGUCGCCGGCGUCCUGACGAAGACGGAGCCCACGGAAUCCGGCGCGUACGUGCUGCUGUCCAACAUCUACGCCGAGAAGGGUGACUGGGGCGCGGUGGCGAGGGUGCGGCGGCAGAUGCGGGAGAGGGGCGUCAAGAAAGAGGUCGGGUUCAGCUGGGUGGACGCCGGCGGCGCGGGCAAUUACCUGCACCUGCACAAGUUCUCGUCGGACGACACGACGCACCCGCGGACGGAAGAGAUAUACCGAGUGGCCGAGGGGCUAGGCUGGGAGAUGAAGCUUUUGAAGAACUGUCUACAGGUCGAGAUGGAAUGCCGCGUUUGA